CAAAUCAGAGCUUUCAGCUGAUCCAACGCCCUAGGCACUCCGCCGUCCUUCCGCUUCCGCCUAAGCAUUGUACAGAUUAGGCAAUGGGAUCAAAUGAAGAGCAUAGUUUGAUGAUUGGAGAAACUGAGGUUGAUUCAACGCAAAUUGAUCCAAAAAGAAGCCGAUUUCCGUGCUGCAUUGUGUGGAGUCCUCUUCCUUUGCUGUCAUGGUUUUUUCCUUGCAUUGGUCAUAUUGGGAUAUGCAGGCAGGAUGGAGUUAUCUUGGAUUUCGCUGGGCCGAACUUCGUUUGCGUUGAUAAUUUUACUUUUGGUGCGCCAACCCGAUAUAUUCAACUGAGCAAAGAUCAGUGCUGGACUUUUGUUGACUCCUCUGCACACGACAGCGAAGAUGAGUUGAUGCAAAAUAGUGAGAUAAGAGAUAUUAGGACCUGGGAUGAUGCCUUACGUAAAAGCACACAGGAGUACCAACAUGAGUCCUACAACAUCUUAACUUGCAACUGCCAUUCUUUUGUGGCCAAUUCUUUGAACAAGUUGAAGUUUCAGGGUGGCAAUUGGAAUGUAGUAAACUUGGCUCUUCUUAUUUUCAUCAAGGGACAGUAUGUUAGUACAUUAGCACUUCUUCGGACCUAUGUACCAUUUCUUGUUGUACUUGGCCUGGGGCUUGUCUUUGGAGGGGAGAUCUUUCUCGCUUAUUUGGCGAUCUUCAUUUUCGCUCUUGUCGGGUGGUUUCUUAUAGGUACUUACUGUUUUAGAAAAUUGAUCCAUGUGUAGCCUUUGUUGCGAGUUUCUUGACUGUUGUUAUACUGUUCAAUAGAUUAUUAUACAUUUGAGGUAUAAUGCUUAUACCUUGUAAAUUUACUCAACGAAGUGGAAGGUUUUUCCUUUUUUACGAUUCA